UAUUUGCCUAUUUAGUUAUUAGGGGAUUACUACAUUGUACACUAACCAUCUGAGUUAAUCUGUGAAAGUUUGUGUUGGUUAACAAAGUGUUGUCGCUAGAGAACGAUUUACGUCGGUUUAAAUAAAGCAAUAUACGAUUCAGUCAAUACGCAGUCGUGGUAAACGCAGACGGAGACCUGAGGCGGGGCAUUAUAGUUGCCACAGUCAUUUAUCUAUAGUGACAGUGGUGCAACCAAUAACGUUACGGUGGGUGCAACUCCUCUGGUGCAACUCGCAUCACUGGGACGCCUAAAAGCGCGUUCCCAACUGAUGCGCGCGCGCGCUAUCGGGAACGGAUCGAGGCGGCAAAUAGUCAAGGGAGGAGAGUAACAUUGCUAGUCCAAUUCGGAACAGCGAUAGUUGAACAAAAAAAGAAAUGCCUAGGGAAAUAGCAAUCUAUUUUUUAAUGCCUUGGGAGGCAACUGAUCACUAAGUAAUAUCUCAAAGAUUCUGAGACAAGACCAAGGAGUAUUACGGAGCAAGACGGCUGCUUUAAAGGUAUGGAACAGGACGGCACAAGCGUAUGGGCACGACUGGAGCCCUUCCUGUUGGGGGCGCUGCAGGUGCCACCCUCAGCCAAGCUCAGCUUGCACUACCUGCGCAAGAUGGCCGCCUACGUGCGCACGCGGGAGGGCUGCUACCCGCUGCUGGGCUGGCCUAUGUGGCGCCACAUCGCCUGCGGCAAGCUGCAGCUGCCCGAGGACCUGGCCUGGCUCUACUUCGAGACCUUUGACCUCCUGACCCCCCACGUCCCCGAAGAGAGGCUGGGGCGGGCCGAGGCGCUGUCCCAAUGCAGCUCCGCCAAGGAGCUGGACAGAGUGCGUAGCAAGCUGUCUGUGGACACCCUGCAGUUCCUGCUCUUCCUCUACAUGCAGCAGCUGAACCGCGUGUCCCUACGCACGUCUCUGAUUGGUGAAGAGUGGCCCAGCCCCCGAGCCCGCUCCCCGUCCCCUUCCUCUGACCGCGAAACAAUGACGAACUCCCAGAACAAGAACUGGGACGACCAGGCCCACCUCACCUUCAUCCAGACCCACCUGUCGGACCUGCUGGAGCUUCUGGUGGAGCCGGGCCAGCUGAGCAGGUCGGGGCAGGCGGUGCGGGACAGCCAGAUUUCGGCAGAGGCCGUGCAGGGGCUGAGCUUCCUCCUGGAGGGGUGCGUGAGCCGGGGGCGGACGGUGCACCCCCUGCACAGGCUCCUGUCCCGGGCCCCGCUGCAGGCCCAGGCCGGGUACUCCCAGCUCAGCCGCUCCUUCUCCCUGCAGCGGCUCCAGGCCUGGCUGCGCCAGACCCUCUGCCUCAACCCCUUCGGCACGUCCGCCUGCCUGCGGUCCGGGAAGAAGCUGGCCUGGGCCCACCAAGUGGAAGGCUCCAUGAAGAGAGCCAAGAUCGCCCGCAACACCCACGUGGCACCGCCCGGCAGCAGAGUGGUCCUGAUGUCCCAGGUGUUCCGGCAGACGCUGGCCAAGAACUCGGACAAACUGGCCGGCGCCAACAUCAAGGUGCACCGCUGCACCGAGGCCUUCAUCUACCUCCUGUGCCCCCUCAGGUCUGUGUGUCUGGAUAAGUGUCGGAACAGCACGGUGGUGCUGGGCCCGGUGGAGACCAGCGUUCACGUGCAGAGCUGCGAGAACGUCAGGGUGGUGUGCGUGGCCGGCCACGUGGCCGUGGGGGCCUCCUCCCGCUGCACCCUCCACGCCCUCACCCCCACCCGACCCCUGCUGCUGCCCGGCAACGCGGCCCUGACGCUGGGGCCCUUCCACACGCACUACCCCUCCCUGGAGGACGACAUGGCCAAGGCGGGCCUGGCCGUGGUCCCCAACGUCUGGGACCAGCCCCUGACGCUGGGCUCCGAGGGGCACCCCCCCCCCGAAAACCCGCCCUACCGCCUGCUGCCGCCCAGCGAGUUCUGCCCCAUGGCGAUACCCUUCCAGAUGGAAGGGGAUACCUGCGAAAUUCCCGGGGGGCUGCCCCCCCCCUACAAGGCGGCCCUGGACGAGCGGGAACGCCGAGUGCAGGAAUGGCAGACGACCGUCAAAGACGCCCGUCUCACCAAAGACCAGCGGCGGCAGUUCCAGGCCCUGGUGGAGCAGAAGUUCCAUGAGUGGCUCCUGGAGUCGGGUAACAGGCAGCAGCUGGACAGCCUCAUCCCCCCCAUCGUCGCCCCCGGCGGCUCCGGGGAGCCUUCCGGCAGCUGGGUGGACACCUACAGCCCCAACCACAGACCAGGCGAGAGGACCCCCGAUGGGCCUGGACAGGCAGCGAGGCAGACGCCCACAGCGCGCUGAUGAGGGUCCUUGGACAAGACCCCGGGGUGCUUUCCAGUCACUUAUUUCUUCACCUCCUCGCUUCCUUUCCUUGUGUCCUUUCCUAGUAUGGAAAGCCAAACUGGUCAAAAGUAUGUGAAAUUGACAUCUGGAAUCACGUGAUGUCAACAUGGGUUGACAGCACAUGAUUCCAAGGAGAAAAAAUAAGUGGUUGGAACACACCCCUGGACUCCCGAAAACACCUAAAGCUGUCCUCAGAUUGUGCCUCUACUUACUGUGCCUGGACCUGUUGGGCUUCUCCGUAUAAAGAGGUUGGGGUGUGGGUGAGGGUUGUCUUAACUGAUCUCAGAUCAGUAUUCAGGGUGUACCGUUUGUCCAGCGCUGACCCCAGCCACAGGCCGCAGCCAGAUCUUCAUUCACACGCAGUCCACAGUUUCAGGCAGGCCUGACCGCGGGCCCCAGCCGUGCUUCAGAAGGGGACGUGGCACUGACUGCCCUGGGCUCGAGUGACAGCUCAAUCACAGCACAGGUUGACUGACAUUCCCCAGAUGGCACAGGUGUGUGCCCCCCAAACCCGCUAGGGCAUUCACUGUCGGUACAUCGGGUAGAGCAUGACGUGCGAUAGUCUGUUUACCUGUUAGUCACGCUCAGGUCGGGUACUGUAUUCAAAAUUCUGGGAAAUCAGGUAGUAAAUCUAAAGGGAAUAGACUAAUAUGGGAAUGUUUCAUUCAUGCCCACACACACAGCGAGGACAUUGUGCAGUGUAUGAAUGUUAAAUGUAAACGAUGAAGGUCGGCAUGUCAAAGUCUGUUAUGAUGAUACGAAAUGUGACAUGCAGACAGGUGGACUGGGGUCUGCGUCCAAAAACGACAAGAUAAUGUAGCCUAGGUAGUACUGUAGAGAACCAGCGGUAGCAAACGGUAGCACAUAGCUCUAUCAAAACGGCAACACGGGUCACUGGAUUUCUGCUGAGAAAGUUGCAAGUGCGUUUCCCCGCCAAUGAAUUAAGGGAAGGAACUGAAGCACGUUAAAGUGUACAGUGAGACAGUACUUAAACAGGUGCACUUGUUCGUAGAGUUAAUGAAAUGCGCACAGGCUGUGUUAACUUCACCCGGAGGUACCUUUGAUCCUGACGUGUUAAGAGGUCAGUCUGGUGGCGUUUCCCUGAAGGAACAGGACCUCCCCUUGCCUUUAGUUAGUUUUCCUGCGUAGUUCUGUUAUUGCCUUUUACACGGAAAUUGCACUGAAGUCCGCAUAACGAUCCCAAGUAGUUGAAUCGCGUUUUAAAAGCACAUAUUUUUAUAUGAUAUUCUUUCCAGUCACUUUUGUAGGAAAAAAAAAAGAAUAAAAGCCUUUAUUUUGUG